AUGUCCUGCAUUCACAGCUACGGCUCCAUAGCUUCCUUCUCUGUUCCCUCCUCGUCUUCCUUUACACGAAGAUCCAGAUGCGCCUCCAAGCCUAAGCUCCUCUGUGCACUCGGAGGGAGUGUGGCAGAACCCAAAGUUACCUCUGUUGCUGAGCCGCUUUUGCUCAAUGCGGUUCGUGGGGACGAUGUUGAAAGGCCCCCAGUUUGGCUCAUGAGGCAAGCAGGGAGGUACAUGAAGAGUUAUCAAACUCUCUGCGAGAGGUAUCCGUCGUUUCGAGAAAGAUCUGAAAACGUUGACCUUAUUGUCGAAAUUUCUCUACAGCCCUGGAAGGUUUUCAAGCCUGACGGAGUCAUUUUAUUCUCUGACAUUCUUACUCCUCUCUCCGGGAUGAAUAUACCAUUUGACAUUGUAAAGGGCAGGGGUCCUGUAAUAUUUGAUCCUCUGCAUACAGCUGAGGAUGUUGAUCAAGUAAGAGAAUUUGUUCCUCAAGAGUCAGUUCCAUAUGUUGGGGAAGCAUUGACAAUCUUGCGAAAAGAGGUAGAUAAUCAGGCAGCAGUGCUAGGCUUUGUUGGGGCUCCUUUUACCCUUGCAUCGUAUGUGGUGGAAGGUGGUUCAUCAAAACACUUCACAAAGAUUAAGAGAUUAGCCUUCUCUCAACCGAAGGUCCUCCAUGCAUUACUUCAGAAAUUUACAACUUCAAUGACAAAGUAUAUUCGAUACCAAGCUGAUAGUGGAGCUCAAGCUGUUCAGAUUUUUGACUCAUGGGCCACAGAGCUCAGCCCUGUUGAUUUUGAGGAAUUCAGUCUCCCAUACUUGAAGCAAAUUGUGGAUGGUGUGAAAGAGACCCAUCCAGAUCUCCCUUUAAUCCUUUAUGCAAGUGGAUCUGGGGGUCUGCUUGAGAGGCUGGCUUUGACGGGUGUUGAUGUAGUUAGCUUGGACUGGACUGUUGAUAUGGCUGAAGGUAGACGACGACUGGGACCAAAUAUAGCAGUUCAAGGUAAUGUGGAUCCUGGUGUUCUUUUUGGUUCAAAGGAUUUCAUCACCAGCAGAAUAAAUGAUACAGUGACGAAAGCUGGUAGAGGGAGACAUAUUUUGAAUCUUGGCCAUGGCAUUGUAGUAGGUACACCUGAGGAGAAUGUUGCUCAUUUCUUUGAGGUUGCUAAAGGAAUCAGAUACUAA